AUGGGUGGAGUCGAGGCUACUACAUCGCCUGGAGAGGCGCAUGGCAAGCAAGUUGUGGAAGUUGCUAAGGUUCUAGAUCGGGAUGAAUUGCGACUGGCUCAAAUGGGCCAUAAACAAGAAUUGAAGCGACAUUUCUCGGUAUGGAGCUUAAUUGGCUUAGCUGCCAACUGUACAAUCUCAUGGACAGGUCUUGGUACUGGUCUUAUUACUGAUCUGAAUUCCGGCGGUCCUGGCGCGCUUAUCUAUGGAUUUAUUCUUGUUUUCAUUCUCCAGUCCUUCGUCGGUGUCUCCCUAGCAGAAUUUGUAUCCGCAUAUCCUACCGAAGGAGGAAUGUACCAUUGGAUCGCCGCAAUCGCCCCAAAACGAUACAACAGUCUUUUGAGCUUCGCGACUGGAUGGUGCACGGUAUUUGGCUGGAUUUUUACAACGGCUUCAACGAACCUGAUUUACGCAAUUGUUAUAAUGGCCUUAAUUGCGCUCUAUCACGACGAUAUGGUCGUGAAGCCAUGGAUGACCUUUGUCGCAUAUCAAAUCCUUAAUAUCGUCACAUCGGGAAUCGUCAUGUUCGGAAACCGAUUCAUUCCCGCUAUUAAUAAAUUUUCGCUGAUCUACUUGCAAAUCGCUUGGCUCGUCACGAUGGUCACUGUAGCAGCGGCGGCCCCAGUUCACAAUGAUAGCAAGUUUGUGUUUACAACUUGGAUGAAUAACACCGGUUGGGAUAGUAAUGUGAUGUGUUUUAUCACGGGCUUGGUCAAUCCCUUGUACGCAUUGGGUGGACUGGAUGGAAUCGCGCACAUCACAGAGGAAAUGCCAAAUCCUGGUCGUAAUGCCCCUCUUGGUCUCGCCAUCACCCUCUCCAUCGCAUUUGUGACGGGAAUCACGUAUCUACUGAGUUUGAUGUUUUCAAUUCAAGAUUACUCCUCUUUAUCGGCUACUCGAACAGGUCUACCGCUGGCGGAGAUUUUUAACCAGGCAACCUCAACGCGUGGAGGAGCAUUUGGUUUAGUGUUCAUGGUCUGGAUUGCACUUGGUCCUUGUGUGAUUGGCUCACAGUUGAGUACCGGUCGUGUAUUCUGGGCCUUUUCUCGUGACAAUGGUCUUCCACUUUCCCAUGUCUGGGCUCGUGUACACCCAAAACUCGGCUCUCCCUUCAACGCGCAGUUAUGCGUGGGAGUUAUUAUUGCACUGCUAGGUUGCAUUUAUCUUGGAUCUAGCACUGCUUUCAAUUCAAUGAUGAGUUCAGCAGUCACAAUUAACAAUCUUGCGUACAUCGUUCCCAUCCUCACGAACGUGUUGCUUUUCCGUCGGACAAUGCACCGGGGGCCGUUUGCGUUAAACCAAUUCUGGGGAAUGCUAGUCAAUAUCGUCUCCGUCCUUUGGUUGACUUUCGCGAUCAUCUUCUUCUCCUUUCCUUUCGAAAUGCCUGCAACUACUGCCAACAUGAACUAUACUUGUGUGGUUGUGGGUGGAUUCUUGAUCAUAGAACUUGGAUGGUGGCUCAUUGCAGGUAAAAAGUAUUCAGAGACGGUGCAGCGUGCUCGAGAAGAGCAUGACACGACAUUGAUUGUAAACGAUGGACAGGAAAAGGCUUGA